ACUAAACUCCAGCACAGUGGGGGGCGGUAAUGCACCUUACACGUUAGGUGCAUCCGCCAUUAAACAAAAAGAAGAGGGCCCGAAAGUGACAUCGGAGCGUGUCCUCGGAAGGCAAACUGAGCUAACAGCUGUUAGCAGAGCUUCAGUAUGAGCACAGAGAAGAGAUACAGAGGAGGAAAACACAGAGAGGACGGGGACGGGGACGAUGAUGAUGAUGACUUCUAUGACUGUAAGGAGUCGAUGGAGCCUCCAGACCUGAGAGGGAAGGAGGAGGAGACCCAACCAGAGUCAGAAAACUAUCCCAAAAAAUCUGAGAGACUGAUUGAAACAAGAGACAAUGCAGAGAGUAGGCUGCAGGACGACAGGCUGCGGGACGAGAGGCUGCAGGACCUGCGGGACGAGAGGCUGCAGGACCUGCGGGACGAGAGGCUGCAGGACGACAGGCUGCAGGACGACAGGCUGCAGGACUUGCGGGACGACAGGCUGCAGGACGACAGGCUGCAGGACUUGGACUCGGAGAUGAAGGAGGAGAAGAGCCAGGAUGUUGAGUUUGAUGAUGACUAUCUGAGCGAGGUGGAGAAAGAGCUGACAGACGAGGAGAGAGAGAGUCGACGACAGCAGAGUUUAAUUCUGAAGGAAAAGGGAAACAUCCAGUUUAAAAUCAGAGAUUAUACGGCAGCAGACGUCACGUACACGGAGGCUCUGGUUCUAUGUCCUGUGUGUUUCCGUGGAGAAAGAUCUGUACUGUUCUCCAACAGAGCUGCAGCCAGAUUGCACCUGGAGCUGAAGGAGCAGGCGAUCUCAGACUGCACCAGAGCGAUAGAGUUGAAUCCAGACUAUGUGCGGGCGUUGCUGAGGAGAGCGGAGCUAUAUGAACAGACAGAUAAGCUGGAUGAGGCCCUGGACGACUACAAGAAGGUUCUGGAGCGAGACCCGACCCAGGCCAGUGCCAGACAGGCCUGCAUGAGAUUACCUCAGCAGAUUCAGGAGAGAAAUGAGAAGUUGAAGGAGGAGAUGCUUGGUAAACUGAAGGAUGUUGGAAACAUGAUCUUGAGGCCGUUUGGACUUUCCACCAACAACUUCCAGGUGAACCAGGAUCAGUCGGGAUUGUACUCGAUCAACUUCGUCCAAAACCCACACAGGUGAUGUCAUCAUGAUGUCAGCGCCCACCCUGAUGUCAUCAUGAUGUCAGCGCCCACCCUGAUGUCAUCAUGAUGUCACCACCCACCCUGAUGUCAUCAUGAUG